UGUUUUCUGCAAACUUUUUCCUUUUUGUUGUCAGAUUUUGAUCAGAUUGCGAGUCCUGUCUCUGUUGCACACUUCUCCCUGUACAAGCUCUCCAGAAUACUGCUUAAGCACCUUGAGAAACUUGGUUUCCAUAUGGUAAACUCUGAAAAGCGUGAGUAUGGCUCUAUUGGCGAGAGGGAGAUCUUUAUGGGGCAUGAAUGCAUUGCAAUCAAUGGUGCUGACCAUGGUGUCACUGUAACAGCCUCUUUCCUUUCUAAAGGGAAGUAUGCGACGAGAGAUAUUCAGUGCCAUUUCCUUGUUGGUACAGACGGUACAGGAAGAAGUGUCAGAAAGUCCUUAGGAAUCAGCAUGAGAGGUGAAAAGGACUUACAAAAGCUUGUUAGUGUCCACUUCCUGAGCCAAGAGUUAGGGCAGUAUCUCAUUAACGGAAGACCCGGCAUGCUGUUUUUCAUCUUUAAUAAAGAUGCUAUUGGUGUUCUUAUUGCCCAUGAUCUCAAGCAAGGGAAAUUUGUCCUGCAGGUACCAUUUUAUCCACCCCAACAUAAGCUUGAGGACUUCAGUUCGGAGAUGUGUAAGAGAUUGAUGUUCAAAUUGGCCGGCCUAGAGCUUAAAGACGUCAACGUGAUGGAUAUUAAGCCUUGGGUGAUGCAUUUGGAAGUAGCUGAGAAGUUUCUAUCUUGUAACAACAGGAUAAUACUUGCUGGUGAUGCAGCUCAUCGAUUUUCUCCUGCUGGUGGUUUCCGUACGCAAUCUGUUUGCACAUUUAUCAUGUUUUUGUUUUGUCAACUUAAAACUUGUAAUUGUUACCUUUCUAAAAAUUGGUAUUAUCUUGUCAUGUCUUGGAUAUUAUUAAGAAUAAAGUUUUUGCGAUUCCUUUUCGCUUGGGAGAGUUGGGGGAGGGGAGAGAAGACAAAUUAAUGCAGUACAUUGUUUUUCUGUCAUUGAUUCGUACAAGACUGCUUCCUAAAAUGUUGAUGUAAAGGUAAAAAUAGCAAAGUUAUUUCUGUGGGAGGGAGAUAAAAGAUUUCCAUGUAGCUCAAAAUAUUGGAGAUAUAAUCAGCUUACGAGAGCAUUUGUUGGUUGGAGGACAU